GUUAUUCUCAGAGGGAAGCAGAGCAGAGAAAAGGACCGACUGUCUCCGUGCCAGCGCCGCAGCCUAGCAACCGCCAAUCACAGCACAGCUCAGAGACGGUUUCUCUGCAUAGCAACGAGUCGAGGCUGGGACAGAGACAGAGAUGGGGACGGAGGAAGAGGAGGAAGAAGAGGAGGAUCGAAUAUAAACUGAACGAGGAGAGUUUAGAUGUUUGUUUUUCAAUGAGUGAUAAUAAUUUCUGUUGUUGUGAAUUUUUUUUUAAUCGCUUAAUUGAUUUGUAGGUCAAAGGUCACUGAGUUUAAACUGGUAAAUAAUUAAUGAGCUCAGAUGUUAACAAUGAUUUAUUCAAACUGAUUGAUUAUUUAUCACGCCCGCCUCUCCUCCACCAACCAGCACCAAGGAAAACCUGCUGACUGAUUUAACUGCUAGAAAACCAGUAAUCGACAUGUUUAAGUGCUUUGGACAAACUGUUCUUGUAUAAGAACAUGGACCAGAACCAUGUUCAAUCAGAAUCAUGUCACAUAACGUAACUGACGUAACAUUGUACGACACACCACGGCUAACGUUACGCUGCUAGCUUAAAGACAUCCUGUUACAGUCAUAAAUCGAUGUGUCCAAGGUGUACGAUACAUAGAAAGAUAGAUAAAGUCAAGUUAGCUAGGAUGUGGUUGAACGCUAACAUUAGCUGUUGUCUGAUCUGUUCACUACAGCCUCUGAGCCCUGAGAGUGACGUCGGAGGAAAAUGGCCGCCAUGUGAAUAUGGUCUGUGGAUGCACUCAUCUGGGGUGUCCAGGAUAAUCAUCAUACUAACGAACUGCUGCUCACAGCAGCCAAUCAGCUGUAGCCGCAGUCAGACAUGGAGACAAACUGGUCCAACUGGAAACCAAAGAAUGUGGAGACCAGACGGAGAGAAGUCGGAGAGAAACGCUCUGAUCUGACGCAGGAUUUUACUCUGACAGAAAUAUAUCAGACACAACUACUGAUCUGCAGCUGCAGGACGACUGGACCACCCUCAAUUCCUCAUUCAUCUGUUUAAUCUCAUGAUAUUUUGCUCCCUGAGCUUCACAGCGAUCAAACUACAUCAAGACAAACAAGUCUGACAGGAACAACAGAAGCUGAGAAUGAGUCUGGUGGAGGAACCUUCACAGGACAGAGUCCAGGAAGCGUCUGAACUAUGUGUAGAAGACGACGAUGAGGCGAAGGUGAAAGAUCUUUUUAAGACACGUCAGGUGCAGAAGAGGACGAUCAGCCCGCUGACUCUUCUCAGAGAGGACCUCAGCAUGUUUAAAGACGGAGUGUUCAAAGUGUUUAUGGACAAAGACAGGAAGGCCGAGCACGAGGACCCGAGCCGAGCGCCGCCCGGGGGUAAACCCCCCGUCGGCGGCGGCGUGCUCAGUCUGCUCAGAGAAGACCUGAGCCAGUUCAGAGAGGAAGUGAGCAGCAUCUUCAGCGUCAGCUCAUCCAAGUCUGCAGAGACGACCGUCAACCCUGUGAGCCUGAUCACAGACGACCUCUCCAACGUCUUCAGGAUCGGCUUCUCCGACGAGAAGGAUGACUCCUCCAAAACAAAAGUCCAGAAAGCUGAAAGAACAGACGACCUCUUUAGGAAACUGUUCAGAAGAGACGCGCCACAGAAGAGUCGUGAGGAAGCAGAGACAGACAGUCAGGAAGUCAGAAAGACGUUUUCAGAAAAGAGCCAAACAGAAGAAGAAGAGACCGUCGACGCUGAGAAAGAGACCGACAUCGUGAAAGACAAAUCAGACGACAGGGAAGUGGAUGUCGAUGAGUCUGAGGAGACAACAAGUCUCUGUGAAGAACCACAACAAGAGGAGACGACGUGUUCAGACACAGUUCAUUCGUCUACAGAGAGAUGUCGCGACGACGACUUUGUGGCAUCAGACGAGAGGAGAGAGGAGGAGGAGGAGGAGGAGGAAGAUAAACCUUCAGAGACUCUUCACUGGGAGACGCUUCUGUCUGAACUCUGUCUGAGAGACGCUACCGACGACGCCAUGAGGGAUCCUCCGGGACGAGACCCAUGGUCGGUGAAGAACUUUGCCUGUUAUUUGACCUUUGACCCCUGCACUGCCAACUCAGAGCUGCUCCUGACCGACCGCAACAGGACGGUGACUCGCGUGUGGUCCAACCGCCGGUGCCCCGAGCACCCGGACCGGUUUGAGCACUGCCCCCAGGUCCUGUGCAGGGAGGCGCUGCUGGACUCCGUGUACUGGGAGGUGGAGUGGAGCGGCGGCGCCGACGUGGGCGUCGCCUACAACGCCGUCUCCAGAGACGGAGACGCGGCGAGCUGUCUGCUCGGACACAACGCCGGCUCCUGGAGUCUGGAGUGCUCGGAGGGAAGCUACACGCCGUGCCACGACAACAAGAGGUUCCGCUCGUCCUCGCCCGAACCCUUCAGCCACAGAGUUGGCGUCUAUCUGAACUGGUCCGCCGGAUCUCUGUCCUUCUACUGCGUCUCCCGGGACGCCAUGGUCCACCUGCACACCUUCACCUGCACCUUCACGCAGCCCCUGUACCCGGGCUUCUGGCUGUGGGCCUACGACGCCUCUGUGACGCUGUGUCAGGUGCAGUUGGACUGGGAGCGACUGCUGCAGUGAACCAGUGACUCGACAGGGACACGACUCGUCCCGACAGAAGGACAGAACAUGGAGCGAGAAGGAAUCUGGACAAAGGGGCGGAGCCAGGAAUGUUUGAUCUCUUCCUGUAACGUCACAGAUCAGCUGAUCAUCUGAUGAACCAUCAGCGUCUCUGAUCUAUUAGUUCUGUCUGUUUGUUCUCGGAUGUGUAGCACAUCUUCUACACUGGUGUGUAUCAGUGUGUGUGUGUGUGUGUGUGUGUGUCUGACCUGUAGCUGACUCUCCUGACUCCCUCGGGCCUCAUUCAGCUCCUUCUCCAGCUGCUCCAGACGGACAACACGCAUCUGCAACACACACACAAACACACACACAUCCAGAUGUUUUCCAGCAGCUGUCUGUCUAACAUCAUCAACAAUCCAACCACCGAGAUGUAAAAUAGAAAUUAACUAUCACCAUGUUUAAAUCAGUUCAAUAAUAAUAAUGAUGAUGAUUUUUAAAAGUA